AUCCCCCAAACAUCUGGAGUUACAUCAUGGGAGGAGGUUCUCACUCAGCCUGCUGAUGAUGCUGGUACUUCCACCAGGCCGUCUACAAGUCAUGGCGUUGGAGUUUCAGAGGACGCAUCAAUUUGUUACCCACAAAGAAGUGAAGCCAGCAUAGGAAGCAUCGGCACAAUCAGCGGUAGCCACAAUCCUAUCAUUGUUGGUUCAAGUGAAGUUUAUAUCACUAAUUACAACUUGCCGUUGGAGGGACCUGGGCCUACUGGUGGAAUAGCAUCCCUUACUGAUCUGACGAAUAUCCAGCAGCUUGUUAUGGAGUACAACAAGGAUGUAACAAGCACCAUUCCUGCACACCCUUUGGAUCCUUCAAGGACCUUGGAAAUUGACCGGUUUUCUAAACUAGAACUCACUCAGAACGUAGGAGGUAAUGAGACUACACAAGAACCCAUUCAUUUACCGGAGGGGACACGGAAUUUAGAUAAAGUAAUAACAAAGCCCCUUUGCUCUUUUGAAGAGAUGCUUGACGUUAUAGUAACAAAGCUGAGGGUCCUUCUCUCAGGAAGGGCGGGAUUUGGCAAGUCUACUCUUUCAUUGAGAGUUGCAAAUGCGAGCACUGAUCCCAAUUCCGUGAUGGCAAAGUUCAAACUUGUGUUCCCUGUAAAACUGAAGCAAAUGCAACAGACAAGUUGCGUCCUUGAGGCCAUACGCGACCAGAUUUUACCUCAAAUCGAGAAAGCAGUUUUGAAGAAAGUUAUUGAAAAUAACGAAGCGGAUACAGCCUUCCUAUUGGACGGAUUGGAUGAGAUUCCAUCCCAUGUUCUCAAUUCUCCGGCCCCGGAAGGUGGCUAUGGGAUCAAGGACAUCUUGUAUAACAAGGUGUUGAGACGCAGUACUGUCUUAGUAUCAACUCGACCACACAUGGUUGACUUUGCCAUCAAGGGAUACCCACGCUACACCCACGUUAAAACGUUGGGUUUCACAAUCGACACUGCAAAGAAAUACAUAACAUCCUACUUUGCUACAAAAGGUGCCGCUAAAAAUGGUGAAUCAUUAAUUUCACACGUAAAAUCCAGCUCAUUGAUGCGCACACUGACCCAGGUUCCAAUCCUUGUACUCUUUAUGUGCAUAGUUUGGGAGAAUCUUUCAAGAUUGCCUGAGAAAUUAACGGAACUUUACACAGAGUUUACUGAGGUUCUAGUCAGUCGCUGUUGCGAUGAAAGUGAGAAUCAGGUGGCGCUGAUGAAAUCAAUCGUGCGUGGACUGGGACCAGUCGCUCUUGAUGGGUUACUAAAAACCAAGGGGGAAAGGCUCGUGUUCUCCUCACAGGAAUUUGAAGAGAAAGCCUUGGAGGAUGGGUGUCGAUUGGGUUUCCUUCAACAAGAAAGUUUCACGAGUGGCUUGAAGAAGAUGAAAGUAGUAGCUUUUCUACACAAGUCUAAGCAAGAAUACUUCGCAGCAUACUACUUUGCCAAUUUGCAUCACGAAAACGAAGAGGAGUUUCAUGAAAGGUUGAAGCAGAUCAAUCCAGACAAUGUCGAAGCAAUGGAAUAUCUGCUUCGGUUUACAUGCGGCAUAUCAUCGGGGUCUAAGGCUACUGCGCUCAUCCUCGAGCACGUACAAAAACUAUGUAAGGACAGAAGAAUGCGUCACGGGUUUAAACUGCAGAAACUGACGCUCCUAUCAUUGUUUGAGUCGGGUUGUGACGAUCUGGCUGAUAAGCUGGACCGACCAACUGAAGCGCAAUGUGAUAGUCAGGAGGAUCUGUUAGCAAUGCGCUAUUACUUGCAGUGUCUCCGUCUGCCACUAGUAGAACUUAAGAAGUUAAAAGUCAGGGUAAAUUCGCAUGAAGAAUUGGCGCCGUUGAGGAGAUUUGAUAGCCUACUGCAUGAUGAAACUACAGUAAACACUGAAAUAAGUAUCAACUGCAGAUUGGAUGAAUGGCUGAAGCUGCUGGAAGAGAUACUACCGAUUGAUGACAUCAUGUCAAUCAGGAGAUUUCGGGUGACUGUCACUUACACCCUGUCGGAAAAAGCGGACGACGAGAUACUGGCAACUUCAGGGGUGGAUGAGAGGCUUUGUGAUCAAAUAGAGCUUAUAGUGAAUAUGCGACCGUGGUCUCUUCUUAGUGAGCGUGUGUUAGGAUCUCUGUCUCGUGUAUACAAGCAGAUCAUUAGGGAAGUCGCACUGUGGAAUAAAACGUAUGAUGACGUCAUUAGACUAGCGAAUGCACUGCCUGGUUGUGAUAGGUUGACAUACGUAGAUGUGUUCGAUACCAACCUUCACGGCCAUCUGGCUGGUGUAGCCCCUCUUGCUCCUCCAUCCCUGCGUCGGUUGAGAUUAAACUCAUGUGAACUGAAUGAUGAUGACGUCCCUGACCUGAUCAGCAUUUUCCCUGCCGGGCAUUUUUUGGUGUGGCUUGAUGUUCGUGGCAAUGCAUUCAGUGUGGUUGGAGUGGAUACUCUUACUGCUCAUCUCAAGAAUCUGCCUAUACUAAUCGUGCUUGAGCUUCAGUACAAAGGUCCCGAUAGAGAGCGUGUCCAGCAGGUGGCCAAGCAAAAUCUUAAACCAAAUGUCCAAUUAUGCUAAUUAUAUGAUACAAAGGGAUAACAUUUAUUUACAGAGACAUAUUCGUAUUACAUUCCUAAUGUAAAUAACAACGUUGGAAAGCAAAAGAAGGACAAAAAUUCCGUAAAAAUACACGUUCA